AAGGGCGAGACCACCUGGUCCUCCUGCAGUCGACAGGUGCUGGCGGAUAUGCCCCCCAACUGCCUGGACGAUCUGCCGUCGAAGCGAGCCGUCCAGAACCACAGGAUCUUCCACGAGAGGCCGGGACAGGUGUUUGACGCCUACGACCAGUGCCAGCUGCUGCUGAAGGACAAGGAUGCCGAGCUCUUCAGCGUCAGAAAUCUACCGGAGAGCUGCGAACGGAUCAAGUGCAAGUCGCCCAACCGCAUCGGCUACUACUACGCUGGCCCGGCGCUAGAGGGGACAUUCUGCGGCAACAAACGGUGGUGCAUCAGCGGCAGCUGCCGACCCUGGUCGAACCCGGCGCCGCCCGUCAUCCAGGGCGGCUGGGGAGAAUGGAACGUGUCCGCCUGCGCCUCCGGCUGCGUCGACAAGGCUCUGGGCGUUUCCAUAGCUCGGAGGCGCUGCGACAGCCCGAAGCCGCUCAACACGGAGGACCGCUGCCUCGGGGCCGCAAGUCACGUGGAGUUCUGCGAAGACGACACCCUCUGCAACUACCGAUUGACGGCUAAAGAGUUCGCCUCACAGAAGUGUCGCGAGUUCAGUCAGCUGGUGGAUGACAUCCGGUCCAGUGGAGUGGGCAUACAGGUGCCUUACACUGAGAGCAAGCCGUGGAGCGCGUGCUCCAUAUACUGCAAGCUGAACAGCGGCACGUGGUACACGCCGCGGCAGGACCUGAACGACAUGGGCGUCGACACGUACUUCCCCGACGGCACCUGGUGUCACAACGACGGCCUGAGCGACUACUACUGCCAGCUGCACGAGUGCCGCCCCAAGAUCGGUGCGGUGAGCCAGGACGAGGCCGGCGACGAGGAGGCCGCCGCGCCGCCGCCCCUGAACGUGCUACAGAACGCGCUGUCUCGGCCGGCGCAGCUGCCCGAGGCCCUGUCGGUGAUGCACCAGCUAGACAGCCAGCUGCGCCCGCUGCAGCCCGACCAGCCGCCAGAGUUCGCGCCGGCCGACUCGCAGGAGGCGUUCGGAGAGCAGGACGUCAUGACCAUCGACGACAUCAAGGAGCUGAUGGCCAAGCAGCAGUGACGCGCCGUCAUCUGGUGACGCCGCCGCUGGCGCGUGGCGUCGCGAGGCGUCCGACGCCUGGAGCCUGGUGUCCGGCGGGCUAUGGCCCGGUGCCUGGCGCUGGAGACUCGACAGCGUUGUGUUCUGAGUGCCGGUGUGCGGGGCUUGGUGGUGGCGCGGCGCGCGGCCGCCAGCCGCCGCGUCUGAUCUCCUGGGUGUGCGGCGCCGGUUGCGGGAUGUGCGGGUGUGGGCUUGGGACAGGCUGCAGUCGACCUUGAACCGAACGUCCAGUUUAAAUAUCGUCAUGUCGUCUAUACCUCAGGAUAAAGAAGUGGACACGAACUGUGUCGCACUGCAGCUGCACUCACCCGGACCUAUUUUGAGGGACAUCGCUUGUGGCAUUGGCAUCGCAUCUAUUUAUUGACUCCGUUAGUUCGGCGCUGUUGGUGCUAGAUUGCCAUUGAUCGAAGCAUUGGGCGCAUACGCAUUUAGGUCGUGGCGAUUGUUGUUGGCGUGUCGGUGCUAUCACGCUGCCACUCGCGAAGGCCCGAGGAUCAUUACUCUGGUGGACGCGUGUCUUGGCCUUUGAUAGUUUUAUACUUUUAUAAGUUUUUGCUGGG